GAUAUAAUCGCUUACCCUGAGGGAAAAGGCUGGACCAACCUUCCUUAUGCUAUGGCAAAUUCUUCUAGCUAUUCAAAUUCUCCUCCUAGAAAAUAUUCACAGUUGUGUUGAUCUCCACAGUUACUUCAGGCUUUUGUGAAAGGCACAAAAUAAGCCAAAGGAAACAUCCACUGUCACAUAAGGCAUCCAGCAAGGAUUUCACCAAGAAAACAUUUUUAGAAGUAGAGCAGCCUGCAAUCCAGGCUUUGCUACAAGAAGACUUACAAUGCAGCCAUUACCUGUUUGCUGUACCCUGCUCCUGCUGCUGCCUUUCAUAUUGUCAGCACCUUCUGUGCCCCAACAAACCAUAUCUCACCAUGAAGAUUACAUUGUCGAGGGAAAACUAUUUCAACUAAACUUACAGAAGAUGGCACAGACAACUGAAAGAAAUGGGCUUACAUUGUUAUCUAAAGAUAGGUUUAAACGAGAUCAAGAAAGAGCUGGCAGUAACAGAACUGCUGCCAAAGUAGAGGAUGCAGAUUUACCUACAUGCCUACUUUGUGUAUGUUUGAGUGGGUCAGUUUAUUGUGAAGAAACAGAAAUAGAGGAAGUGCCACCUUUGCCUAAGGAGACAGCGUAUCUUUAUGCACGCUUUAACAAAAUCAAGAAAAUCACAGCAAAAGACUUUUCUGACUUUCCCACCUUAAGAAGGAUUGACCUAACUGGAAAUUUGAUAGAAGAAAUUGAUGACAAGGCUUUUGAUAAGUUACCUCUACUGGAACAGCUCAACCUUGCUGAAAACAAAAUUACAAGAAUUCCAGCUUUACCAACAAAAUUAACAGUAUUCAAUGCAAAUGAUAACCAAAUCAAGAGUAAAGGAAUCAAAGCCAAUGCAUUCAAGAAACUUACCAGUUUAGCCUACCUUUACUUGGCUAACAAUCAGCUUGAAAGUGUACCACAGAACCUACCAGAGAGUUUAAGAAUCCUUCACCUACAGCAAAAUGGCAUAUCUUCUAUAACAGAUGAUACAUUCUGCAAAUCUAAUGACACACAUUACGUUCGGUCCCACAUGGAUGAGAUCAGAAUGGAAGGAAACCCAGUUAUAUUAGGAAAGUAUCCAAACAGUUUUACCUGUCUGAAAACACUGCCAUCAGGCUCAUAUUUUAAAUAGAUAUAGCCCACUAAAAAAAAAAUCUUCAUUUCUCACUUAAACCAUCAAAUUCCUCACAGAAAUGGCUACAGCCUCAGCCUCUGUAGUAUUGAGAUUUUCAAAGCUUUGAGAUAUCAGUAAUAAUCAUAAUUGAAACAAAGGCCAAGAAUGAAACUCGGGCACGAAACACGUAGGGUUUUAUGAGAUGUCUCAUGUUUUAAUGUAGCUCUGAAUAAAAUCUUUUUUACUUUGAAACUUCUUGGCCCCUGUGGAGACCCUUGAGUUCCUGUAUGCCCACAUUGGUUGCUGCUUUUGCAAGAAUGAAUCUCUACAAGAUACACAAUAUAUAAAAUGUAAAGCGUAGUAAAAACUCACCAACUCUCUAUUUAUUCCUAUGGGAUUUUUAUAAGUGUAUUUAUAAAUGCAGCCUAAAUUAAUAUAAAAUACACCUAAAAUACACCUAAUACGCCUCUUAAAUCCCAUAGGAAUUAAUAGAAAGUGGGUGAGCUUUCUGUGGUGACCUCUAUUCUUACAUUUUAAUUAAUCUGCACCUGUGAGUCAUUGCACUGGUAUAUUAUAUGUUACUGCAAAUGCAACUUUUUCCACCUUGGGCAGGCUAGUGCUGUUCUUAUUGCUGACUAAUAAAUAUAUAUAUAUACCAGUGCAUACCUUCCAACUGUUCCAAUUUUCGCAGGGCAGUCCUGAUUUUAACAGCUCAGCCCCAAGCCCCUCAGUACAUGUCAGGGCCACAGGAGUGCACUUAAAAUAUAAAUAAAUAAGGAAGCAAGUCAUUCUAAGAAAACAUAAAUGUUGUAGAUAACAUUAUCAUCAGAUUAAAGAAAUGUCUUAAGUGACAUAGUCAACAAGAUUUGUAAAAUAUAUUCAUUAUAUAGUUAGUAUAGAAUAAACAUUGUUUAAGUCUUUUGUUUUGCAACAUUUUACAUAACCUGGUAUUGAGUUGAAUAGUUGAUACAAAUCCUGUUGCCUAGCAGUAAACAACAUUAAUUUCAAUAUGCAUAUGUGCAUAUAAAUAUAUAUAUAUAUAUAUAUAUAUAUAUAUAUACACACACGUGUCUGUGUGUGUGUGUUUAUACACUAAGACACAAUAAAUAAAGGGUGUCUAAAAAAGUAGCAAGCAAUUAAAGGAGAAGGAAAGGUAAAAAUCACUGGGGGGUGCCAAAUGUUAGGCACCCGCCAGUGAUUGUAAUUGCUUACCUUUUACCCUGGGAGAAAAGUGAACCAGCUCGGGGUAACUGCGAGCGAGUGUUUCCUCUUCCUUCCUACUGAAUCCCGGGGCCAG